CCCCCCUAACCACCACUCCUAGAUACAGUAUCAGGUUGUCUGGUGACCAGAAGAAGCCCAGAAACUGCUGAAACUUCAAUGGAAGAGGAAAUAGAACUUCACUACAGUCCCAGUCGAUGGACAGUGGCAACUUCACCCGAGGAAGCAAUAAACCAGCAUAUCACGGACGUUACCAGAGCGAGUGAAGCAGCAAAGGAGAAAGUUCCACACUUGGCCGAUCUACAGUAUGGGCCGAGAGAUAAACAGUACUGUGAUCUAUAUGGCACAGACCUCCCCGAAGAUUCACCAAUGUUUGUGUACAUCCAUGGAGGAUACUGGCAGAUGCUAUCCAAGGAUGUUUCAGCAUAUCCAGUGAUACCCUUAUGGCAGGCUGGUAUAAGAACAGUCAUUGUUGGAUAUGAUUUGACACCCCAAGUAUCACUUGACACCAUUGUGGAAGAAAUCAGAGAGCUAGCUAUUUACGUUUUGGAAAUGGCUAAAGAAAAUGAGUCCAGAGGUGUCUGGUUCGGAGGACACUCGGCCGGCGCUCAUCUUGCGUCCUUCCUUCUGCAAUCUGAUUGGUUCUACUCUCUAGAGCCGCAACUCAGCUGCAGGAUGAAAGGCUUGGUGCUCAUCAGUGGUAUUUACGAUUUAACACCUCUGAUCUACACCUCCAACAAUGAUGCUUUACAACUCGAUCGGAAAUCUGCAUUGAAAUUAAGUCCCUUUUUCAAUCUUGUAUUGACACAACAAGAAACUAAUGUGAAGGUGCUUUUGGUAGUUGGAGAAUAUGAUUCGCCUACUUUCCACGGACAGACUAAAUCUUUCAGUCAGCUGCUUAAAAGGAAGAAAAUCGGUCAUGAAGUGGUGGAGAUUCCCAACCUUGACCACUUUACAGUUGUAACAAGCCUUCAAGAUGAUACAUCCUUUUUAGCUCAGAAACUUGUGUCACUGAUAGUACCUAAUAAAGAAAUAAUCAAUAUUUAAAUUACAAAAAUUAUAAUGUAGUAAAAACUACA